AAACACAGCAGCUCCCUGACUUCGCCUGCGUCUGUGGCCAGACUAACAGAAGCGACAGCAAUAAUGCUCAUUGCUUGAGCAGUAAGCACACUCUAACCAGCCAGGCACAUGGCGCAAGCGCAGAAGGGUGACGCCCAAUUUAUACACCAAGAUCAUCGGUUGUAGUCUUUACUUUAAACCCAAAAGGCUUAUCUGGUUUUUGCUUUGGCUCUGCAAAUUAAAAGAGAAGGAUUUACGGACAUAAACUAAGACAAAUUCAUUUUCAUUAUAUGUUUGGAGGCGGAAGAUCUCAGAGUUUGUGACCCCGAGCUCGAAGGCGGGAGAGGGGGGUAUUAUCAAUUCCAGCACUGCCCCACUUUGUGCCUGGUAGUGUUAGGGCUGGUAAGGCAGCAAAGGUGAGCACCUCUGUGGUCUAAUAGCUUCCUCCUCUCUUCUCCCCUCUUUCUCCCUCCAUCAUUUCCUCACCAAGUUGACCUGUCCCUAUGCCGGAAAACCUUGAGAUCAUAGAACUAAGCAGUAGCUUCUGCCUCAACACGGACAUGGUACAGGAGAAAAUGGAACUAGGCGUGGAGCUGCUGCCAAGUUCAACCAUCACAGCCCGCAACAUCCAGAGAAGAUCCAACAGCACCCCUUUGAUCAGCGAACUUGGUGAUAACUCACUGGUGUUCCAAGCUGACAGAUUAAGAUCUAGAAGAAACAGUACAACAUUUAUGACAAACACUGUCUGGAGACGUACAAAGGUCAGCUGUGACAACUGGAUGAACAUCAACCUGCGCAAGGUGAUAUGCACAUCGAGGGAUGGGGACAAGUUCUGGCGGAUGCCCGAGUGCUACAUCCGCGGCAGCACUGUCAAGUACCUGUGCAUCUCUGAUGAGAUCAUUUACAUGGUCAAAGAAGAGGUGGUGGCCAAGAGUCGUGGCCGUGGUGGCCUGCAGCAGCAGAAGCAGCAGAAAGGCCGUGGCAUGGAGGGUGCUGGACGAGGUGUGUUUGGCGGCCAUGGCAGAGGUCAACCAGAAAAGAAGACCAGCAGGCAGGAACUAUAUUCAGUUUAUUCUCAUAUUCCUGCCUUUCAGGAAGAAGGUAUGGAUUUAAUAACUAAAGAAGCAAAAAAUGAAUGGGAGAUACAAACUACAAUACAAAUACAUCAGUCUUGGGAAGAAAAUUUGAAAUUGACAAUUUUGAUGGAAACAACAGCAAUAUAAGAUCUCCUUGUAUUUCACUGGCUAAAAUCAGAACUGUCACAAAUUCUCCUGUGUCACCUGCUGAUUCUAGUUCUUUAUAUAUUAUAG